GUUUUAAAAAUUAUCAUUGUGUGCACUCAUGAGCCUACAUUGACUAGAUAACGAUUUCCAGGUUACUUCUGAGAGUGAAAAGUGGUACUAACUGAAUGAGCUCUUGGAACAGUUGGGACAAAUCAGUACUGUCCCAGGCGAACGAGGACAUAUAAUCAACCAACCUUGACCAAAAUGGGCUGAUGGCGCAGGUGGAGAAAUCAUAGCACCGGCUCUUUAGGGGCUCACAUCCUGAGGAAGGGGUAGUAGGUGUGAUUUGAUGGAACAUUCUGUGACUGUGAGCUCCAUAUUUGGUAGUGUAGGUGGGGGUGGACUUGGAUUUCUUGUCUGUCCAUGUGGGUUAAAAUGAGAGCUCGGAAGGCCGACAGCACCCAAAACUCUGGCUCACCUUGAAAGACUGUAUAACAUAGAUCACUGGACAAAGAUAUUUUGCUGUCACUUUCUUCUGUAAACAUGAAGCUGUUUCUGGUUCUUAUUAUUCUGCUGUUUGAGGUACCCACAGAUGGGAUACGACCCAAAAAAUGCUUUAAUAAUAUAACAGGCUACUGCAGGAAGAAAUGCAAAAUGGGAGAAAUAUAUGAAUCAUCGUGUCGAAAUGGGAAAUUAUGUUGUGUUGAUGAAGCAGAUAACAAAAAGUCAAAGGAAGUUCUACAUCCACCUCAACUUGCAGAAAACUCCAAUGUGAGUCUGGAUUAUAUGAUUUUACCGACCAUCACAGUUUCCACAAUCCAAUUAUAAAUCAAACUCUUGUUCCACUGGUCUCCACUCUUCUUAAAUCAAAAGUACUG